CAAAUGGUAACUAUUUGUUUAAGGAAAAGACGUUUAAAUAUUUGUAGUCCAAAGUCUGUCAGACUGUUCAAUAAAUAUUUUUAGGUUUUUGUGAGGCUACAAGAAAGUGAUCACAAGAGCAGCAAUGAUGAAGAUGGAAGUUGGCAUUUUACUGCUGUGAGUGUGGGCCACACUGGCACAGGAUUUAAUGUCACCAAGAUUAGACAUCUUUGCCGAACUCGAAAAGAUUAAGACCAUGGAGGAAAAGUUAAAUUCUCUAAAUGAUGAAGUCAGUUCUAAGUUAAAUGCUCUAAAUGAGGAAGUCAGAGAACUAAGAAGCAAGAAUAAAGAAAUGGCAAAAGUAGCUUUUUCAGCUUCACUGUCAUCUUCAUGGGGCAUCAAAUAUUUUGGGCCAAAUGAAGAAGCAACCACUCUUGUGUAUGAAAAUGUAUUAACUAACAUUGGAAAUGCUUAUGACACCGAUACAGGAAUCUUCACUGCACCAGUAAAAGGAGUUUAUUUCUUCAACUUUGUGGUCUUCAAUCCUUAUGACAUAUCAACCGGUGUGAGACUGUUAAAGAACGGCAAGUUUGUGGUCGCAGCAACAGAUAACCCUCCCAAAGAAGACACUGAAGACACUACAUGCAACUCAGUUAGUCUUAUUCUUGAACAAGGGGACCAGAUACGUCUUCAGCUCAUAGAGAACCGUCGUAUCUACACAGAUGCCCUGAGACGCAACACCUUCAGUGGACACCUACUUUUUACUAUGUGAAGUUUCUGCCCAUGUAAAUUUCUAAAGAAUGUUAGUCCAAAUACACUGCUUUAUUCAGAUGAGAAGAAAGAAAAAUAAUCAAUGCUUGGCAAGACAAGCCAAAAAAAACCCAAAGGUGACAAAAAUACAAUAAAGUUUUAAUAUAGCCUACAAAAA